AUGUCCUUCUUCUCGAGGUUCAGCACGCCAGUCUUCAAGAAUACCGGAUCGACCGCUCGCGAUCAUCUGGCCUCGGAGCGUACAUAUCUGGCAUGGAUGCGUACCGGUCUCGGUUUCCUCGCUCUCGGGAUUGGCGUGGAAAGAUUCAAUCAACUUGACCUUGCCGAGAUUCUGCCCACCAAGCACAAGAAGCGUUUCCACGAGAACAAAAGCCAUAACGACAAGUCAGACGCUCUCGUGGGUGCUUUGCUCGGAAGUGGGGCUGGCAGCAUUGCAUACGGAACUACUAGGUACUUUUCGAAUAUGCGGUUGCUAGAACAGGGGCUCUUCAAACCUGCUUUCCAUGGAGCUGCAUUCUUGGCCGUGGGUGUUGCUGGAAUUGCUGGAGCGGUCUAUUGGUCUACCGUCAGAGAGAGAAUGGCAAACAAACAUCCUAGUCGCGCUUGA